CAAGGUUUUUGCAUUUGUUUUUAGAGUUCCAUGCUUCAGGAUUUUAGGUGCAUUUUUGCGUUUUAAAUGAACUUGCAGCGAUUUUACUGUUUUUCCGCGUUAAUUUAGUGAUUUACAAGGUUUAUAAUGUACGAAUCGUUGUACAAUGAUGAAAAAGAAAAAGCGCUGGAGACAGAAAACACAAACGAAAUGGAUUUGCCCCUUAGUUUCACAGAAGACAGGCAUACUGAGAUUAUUGAAGGAAUCGACUACAUCAAGCAGGCGUGGAGGAUGAAAGAAAGAAUGAAAACUGUCAGUGUUGCCUUAGUUUUGUGUUUGAAUGUGGGUGUUGAUCCUCCAGAUGUAGUCAAAACACAACCAUGUGCAAGACUCGAAUGCUGGAUAGAUCCACUUUCAAUGUCACCUCAGAAAGCUUUGGACAUGAUAGGGCAAAAUUUGCAGACGCAGUAUGAAAGAUGGCAACCUCGGGCGCGAUACAAACAGUCUUUAGACCCCACCUCCGAGGAGGUUAAGAAAUUGUGCUCCUCGUUGAGGAGGAAUGCCAAAGAAGAACGCGUUUUGUUUCACUACAACGGUCAUGGAGUUCCUAAGCCCACUGAAAAUGGGGAAAUAUGGGUUUUUAACAGAACCUUUACACAAUACAUUCCUUUAUCAAUAUAUGAUUUACAAAGUUGGAUGGGAUCACCCUCUAUUUAUGUCUAUGAUUGUUCAAGUGCUGGUAUCAUUGUAAAAUCAUUUAAAAAGUUUGCCAACCAACACGAAUCUGAAUUUGAGUUGGCUAGUGCGCAGAACAGAGGCGCAUCGCCGUCUCAAAGGGGCGUGUCCCCGGCAGCGCCAACUUACAGCAAUUGCAUCCAGUUGGCCGCUUGCGGCGAGACUCAAAUUUUGCCGAUGAAUCCUAACUUACCGGCCGAUCUGUUCACCUCCUGCUUGACCACGCCCAUCAAGGUGGCGCUGAAGUGGUGGAAGUUGCAGCCUACUGCCAAGUUGGUGCCCAAAAUCAGCAUGGAGUUGAUCGAUGAAAUUCCAGGGCAAAUAACUGAUAGAAGGACAAUGUUAGGGGAAUUAAAUUGGAUAUUUACUGCCAUUACAGAUACUAUAGCUUGGAAUGUUUUACCUAGAGAACUAUUUCAAAAACUGUUCCGCCAAGACCUGUUGGUGGCAAGCUUAUUCCGCAACUUCCUGCUAGCAGAACGCAUAAUGCGUUCCUGCGACUGCACGCCGGUCAGUUCUCCACCCCUCCCGCCCACAUUUCAGCACCACAUGUGGGAGGCAUGGGACCUAACGUUGGACCUAAGCAUGGGCCAAUUGCACAGCAUCGUGCAAGAAAAAAAACCCUUCCAGCAUCUGCCCUUUUUCGAGGAGCAACUAACCGCCUUCCAGGUGUGGUUAGAGCUCGGUAAGUGCUCUGAGGAGAGAAACCCGCCUGAACAACUGCCAAUAGUACUGCAAGUACUCCUAAGCCAGGUGCACAGAAUGCGCGCGCUAGAAUUGCUCGGGAAGUUUUUAGAUUUGGGCCCUUGGGCUGUCAACUUGGCCCUGUCAGUGGGGAUAUUUCCCUACGUCCUGAAAUUACUGCAAAGUAAUGCUAAGGAGUUGAGGCCCUUGUUGGUGUUUAUAUGGGCUAAAAUUUUGGCCGUCGACAAUACUUGUCAGGGUGAUUUAGUGAGGGACAACGGUCACAAAUAUUUCUUGUCUGUUCUGCAAGAUACAACAAUAUUGAGUGAAACGAGGACUCAGGCGACUUUUGUCUUGGCCUCGAUCGUGACCGAUUACAGGGACGGUCAAGAGGCCGCAGUUCAAGGCUCUUUGGUCAGCAUCUGCCUGGAACAAUUGAACGACCCUUGCCCGUUGCUACGGCAAUGGGUGGCCAUUUGCCUGGGCAAGAUCUGGGACAGGUACGAUUCGGCGCGGUGGACCGGCGUCAGGGACAUCGCCCACGAAAAGUUGUACACGUUGCUUAAGGAUUCCUAUCCGGAGGUCAGAGCAGCGGCCGUAUACGCUCUAGGCACUUUCAUAAACAGCGUCACGGAACGUUCGGAACACGCCAACAACAUCGACCACGGUAUCGUUAUGACGUUGGUGACGACGAUGAUAGACGACAUGAGCUGUCUAGUGCGCAAAGAGCUCGUUAACGCGCUGCAGUGGGUUGUUCUGGCCUUCGAGCAGAGUUUCGUUAGUGUCGCCAGAAAAGAAUCGCAGUUGUCUCAGGACUACUACAGUAGUUCGAAUGUUUCAACGCCCACGAGUCUAAGAAGGAUAUCUAGCAGGGAUAGACUUAGAGUAAACGACGAUUCUCUGGAAAGAAUGAAACGCGUUAACUCGAGUUCCUCGAUAAACAACAUGAGUCAGCAAAGGAUGACUUCCAGCCAUUCGGGUAGCUUGGGGACUUUACCGGGGCUCAGUUUUGGGUCGGUGUACAUGAAAAUUUGGUUGGCAUUGUGCGCGUUGGAAACAGACCCACACCCGGAUGUGUCUGCCAUGUGCAAAACCGUCACCAACCACAUCAGAACCAUGGUCAAGGAACAAAUAGAAUCGGCUGAGAACAGGAUGAAUUCGAGCAUAAGUCUACCCCCGAGUCCCAACAGGGGGGCAACGUACUUGUCGGGUGAAAGUCCCCCAAGUUUGAGUACCAACCUCAACAACAGUCGAAAUAUGAGCAGGUCGAGUAGAUCGAAAUUGAACCAAAGCAUAAUAAAUGAGGAUGACGACAAGGGUCAAGCUUUGAGGAAACCUUUGGUUUCCUCAAAAUUUGUCGAGUGGUCCGCAAAGAGGUUUGCCCAAAAGCGGAAAGGGUCUUAUGUUGACCCCGAAUCGCAAAAAUAUUAUGAAAGGGAUUGGCGGCAAUCAAGAAACAAUAACAUUAGAACGGAAUCGUUAGACGAGCAAAAACGAGUGCGAACUUGCAAAAUCGAGUCGCAAGUUUUCCAUACUAGAACGCCGCUAGCGCCAUCUAUACUGCAGUUGCAUCCUUACGAUCAACAGAUUGCUGUUUCGGGAAAGGAUAGUUUCGCGAUUUGGGACUGGGGUACCGGAGCCAAAGUCAGCGGCUGCCACAACAAAUCCAGCAAGUCGCCUUCGAGUCGCAUCACGGCUUUGGAGUGGAUCAACGGGCACGAUUCCGCCAUGAUCCUCGUCGCGGCCGAGGACGGCUCGGUCAAGCUGUACCGGCCCAACGCCGGCACGAGCAGCUCGCCGGUUUUGGUCAGCGCGUGGCAGGCCUUCAACGACCUGCGGCUGCCCAAACUGUCAGGCGUCCUCCUGACGUGGGAGCAAUACACGCAAACCCUUAUCACGGCCGGCGACCACCGCUGCAUCAGGUUCUGGGACGCGGCCCGCGAGCUGCGAGCCUUCGACCUCGCGACCGGGACCGACGCCUCGGUCACGUGCAUGGACUCUACGCACGCCGGCGGGCGCUACGAGACGGGCUCGGCCAAGAGCCGCCGCGCCGACGACCUGAUACUGGCCCCUCGCGGUCCCCGGUUGGGUUACACGGCGGUCGGGUGCUCGGACGGUUCCGUUCGACUGUUCGAUCGGCGAAUGAACCCCGCCGACGCCAGGGUUAAGGUGUGGAUGGACAUGAACGGCGCCGUGCUGUCGUUGCUGCUCAAAGACGACAUAAUCGUUUGUGGAAGUAAAACCGGACAAGUCAAAGUAUUCGACGUGAGGAAAAACGAAGCAAUUCACACGAACUUACUGCCGAGCGGCGAGAUGUCGUGCAUGUCGAUACACAGAUCCGCCAGCACUUAUGCAUGCGGCUCCUCGAACCAGUGCGUCAACAUCUACACGCUGAACGGCACGCUGGUGAACAGCAUCCGCUUCUACGAGGGCUUCAUGAGCCUGCGCGCCGGUCCCGUCACCUGCCUCAACUACCAUCCGCACAAGAUGGCGCUGGCCACCGGCACCUCCGAUAGCAGCAUCAACGUGCACACGUUGGAGGGGCGCAGGUGACGCGAUUCGCAUCCCUAGACCCUGCUGCGCGGCUUCCUGGGCCACUGUUGAGAUUUUUUCGUUUCGGCCCGGGCAAGGUAAAAAUAAGUUGCCGUCUCCACAAUCCACGCAACAAGGUCUGUUCUAUCUCGCACUAAAAAUACAAAGAAUCACUGCAACACUGCACAGUAGGGUGAUUCAUUUCCGCAAAGUUUUUGUUUUUUUUCGGUGCUCAAGCAAAAUAUUAAUCUGCAU